CGUUUCAAUUGAAAUCAUCAGAGUAACAGGACUGAAUGAAUGCACUGAUAAUUUCAAUACAAAACAGCCAAAAGGCGUUAGACUUCUUAGUAGAAGACACAGUACCGGUAAAAUAGUGGUGACAGAAAAUACAAAAAAAAUAAUUAUGUAAGUACUGAACGCUUGUGUAAGUAACAUAAAGCAAACUAUUUUGAGGCAAUGGUUCUACCAAAACAUGUAAACAAACUUCUCAAAUCAGCUAGAGAAACGAUUAUGUAAGCAAUAAUAAUAAUAAAAAAACGUGGUUUAAGGUAGGCCUAUGCUCCGGCGAUAAGUCACUUCUGCAGUAAUAAAUGGCAAGCGUGUACUGUUAGGAUUGCUGAUACGAGUGAUAUAUCGUGUUCCCUUUUAUUCCGGGAGAGAAAUCGUUCUGUGUCCCAAAGAUUCGACGCCGAGGAUUGUGUAUAUUAUAUCUUUGGUCAAUAGAAGUUGGAGAUACUGUGUUAUUUUAUAGUCGCAACGUCUGUGUACUUCUCUCGUCUGCAGUUAAGAGUUUAUCUUGUGCCUCUGGGGAAAAAAAAGAAGGAAAAAUCGCAGUGAAUUGAGUUGUUUCUCAGUGUAAGAGUGAAAUAACGUCUUGCCGGUCGCUGUUGAAAAACAAAGUGAGGAGAAGGAAGGAUCUUCUGGAAGAUUAUUCCCAGUCAAUAAAUGUAAUUCAUUAUUUCCAUUCCUGAAAGCAGCGUGUAAGAUAACAUUGCGCCGUUUGGAUACAGAAAGCGAAACUUGUGACCAAACUAGUGAUUUAAAUAUACCACAAGAAAGUAUACGUUAUAUAGCUGCUUAUUCACAACCCUUCAAUAUAACAAACUCGCAAGUCGAUCUACACAAGGACUAACUUCUUAAUCGCGUUAAAGCAAAACGCUUAGAUAAUUACCAGAGGAAAUUCAAGUGAAAAACACUGCCCAGUGCUUAAAAAAAAAUCUCGUCAUCAAGCCAACCUUUCCCAAACUUUGUUAGUAAAAAAGUAGGAAAGGAAAAGUUGUUGAACGUGCCACCGAAAAAACAUCCAAUUUAGACCAUAUGCAUCACCCGACGUAGUCAAGGAAAGGGAAAAAUACCAACUUUGGAAUAUCCAACGCCGGCCAUCAAGGAGUCAUGAAAGGCAUGAGAAUUGCCUUUUGUGGCAGAGAAAGUGGCAUGGAAGUGGUGGAAAUGAUCGUCAGGAAAAUGACUGUGCUGGUAAUGGUUGGAAUGAUACUUAUGACGACAGUGUCUCUGCCACAGUCAACGGUGGCGGCCAGAGUGGAAGACCGCGCCUACUGGUACGCCCAAGCCAAGAGCCAGUUGGACGACAUCUUAGCCGCCCGCAGAGCCUCCAACGGCUACGCCAAGAACGUGAUCCUGUUCGUGGGCGACGGGAUGGGCGUGGCCACGGUGACAGCUGGCAGGAUCCUCAAGGGCCAGAAGGAAGGCCUGAGCGGAGAGGAGUACAGGCUGUCCUUUGAGAAGUUUCCCUACGUCGCUUUGGCUAAGACGUACAACAUCGACGCCCAAGUCGGAGGGUCCUCGGCCUGCGCCACGGCUCUCAUGUGCGGCGUGAAGGCUAACGUGAACACCGUAGGACUCGACAGCAGGGGGAAGUUCGAAGAUUGCAGGUCGUCGUUCACAGCUGGAGUCACGUCCAUUAUCGACUGGGCGCAGAAACACGGCAAGAGCACAGGCAUCGUGACCAACACUCGCCUCACCCACGGCACGCCCUCGGCUCUCUACGCCCGCUCGCCCUCGAGGUACUGGGAGGACGACGCCAAGGUUCCUGUGCACGCCCACGCUACGUGCAAGGACAUCGCUCGUCAGCUGGUCGAGAACGAACCCGGACGUAAUAUAAAUGUGCUACUGGGAGGAGGACGUCGCCACUGGAUCCCCUUGACCGAGUUCGACCGCGAGGAGCGAGACCAGAGAGGACGGAGGACUGACGGGAGGAAUCUUCUUGAUGCCUGGGUUCACGACAAGAAGACGCGGGACCUCCAUGCUGAGUACGUGUGGAACAAGGCCCAGUUCGACAGCGUGGAUCCGAGAUAUACUGAUUAUCUCCUAGGAAUCUUCGGGUAUUCCCACUUGGACUUCGAGGUGGACAGAAACAAGGGCCCCACAGGCGACCCUUCCCUGGUGGAGAUGACCGUCAAAGCCAUUCAGAUCCUGCGCAAAAACCCACAUGGCUUUUUCCUCAUGGUCGAAGCCGGCCGCAUAGACCACGCCCACCACCACAACAACGGGCGGAGGGCGUUGGAGGAGAUCGGCGCCCUUGACGAGGCUGUGAGAAACGCCCUCAACAUCACCCAGCCUUCAGAGACGCUCCUGGUCCUCACGGCUGACCACUCCCAUGUGUUUACUUUUGGGGGAGACAACACCCCCCGGGGACACCCUGUCAUGGGAUUCGACAAGGAGACGAGUGACCUGGAUGGUAAGCCCUACACCACCCUCCUCUACGGCAACGGCCCCGGGUACGCCCACACCACGCCCACGGGCAGGCAGGAUCUCACGGGCUUCAACACGCAAGAUAUCAACUUCGUCCAGCAAGCGGCAGUUCCGAGGAAGUACGAGACCCACGGCGGCGAGGACGUGCCCGUGUACGCCUACGGGCCCGGGGCGCACCUGUUCUCGGGCACGAUCGAGCAGACGUACAUCGCGCACGCCAUCGCCCACGCCGCCUGCAUCGCCGAGGACAACAGCCACUGCGAGAAGCCGCCCAGCGAUGACGCCUGCGCCGCCGCCCCUGGCCCGGCGCCCUCGCCCACGGCGCGCCGCCCGCUCGGCCAAACCACGCCCACCGUCGAGGUUCACAAGCAAGAGCCCAAAGAUCCGUGGGCGUGGAGCGCUGGCUCUCGGGCGUGGAUGUGGACGACGUAUCACGCCCUCACGCUGGCGAUGGUGCCCGUGGUGCUGGCGCUGCGCUGAGACUCCUCGCCUUGUCAUACGAGUCUGCGCCGCCGCCCAUCCCCUCUCCCGCCUUCCCCCUCCCCCAGGGGAAGGGAGUCUAUCUAGAGACAGAACGCCCACGCCCCCCGAGCCGAGGCUAAACGGGGGCGCCACAUUUUGUUAGAUUGUCUUAGGAAGAAAUAAAAAAAAAAUAAACAAACAUUGCAACAGAUUUCUGAGCUUGAAAGCUUCAUAACAACACAGUAACAAGCUGUAGUAUAAUAUAUCUAUGUAUUUAAGAUAAGAUUACAUAAAUUAAUUGCAUAAACGAAGAAAAAAAAUCUCUAUAUAACAGAAACAAGAGAAAACCAAGCAGAAUGUAAAUGUAUCUUCAUACGGGCCAGUGAGACCAUCUCUCAUAUUCAGAGACUUUUGGGACACCGUAACGGAGAGUCGGACCGGCAACUCGCGCCCGUCUCUGUCUCUGAAUGUGAGGGCAUGAGUGAAGGAUAAUGAAGAGACGUAGAGACAAAGGGUGAUUUUUGAACGUUAGGCUUUAGAGUGCAAGUAACUACCUCUCUGCAUGGAGACUGUCGGUGGAUUAGUUGUUUCAGCGUUUGACAAUCAGAGAAGUAAGACGCCAGGGAAGGAAGAGAUGGAAGUGCGAAGAGUGGAGUUUUUGUUUAUAUUUUUUUCAACGUGUUUCAACGUGUCAAGAUCGAUGUAUCACGAGGGAUUUCACUGACCCCUUUUUUUGGAACUCUUACGUAUAUAUCUCUUCUUGUGACAACGAGCAAAGAGAUGGCGAGACAAACUUUUUUUUUUUUAAGUCACCCCUCACUCCUUGAAAGUCCCAUACUCCCACACAGGGAAAGGGGGGUCCUCGUCUUUGGAAAAAAGGUCGUAUGACGAGUGAAAACAGGAGCUCCUCUGAAGGUCUUUGUUAUUUAGUGUACGUGUGUUCCAAACCCGUAUAAAAAAACAAUUUAAAAAGGAUAAAAGAGAGAGAGAGAGAGAGAGAGAGAAGAAAAACAAAUGAAAAGGGAGAUUAAAAGGAAGAUAUAUUUUGAGAUUGGGACGUGGAGCUCCUUUGAUUUUUUUUUCGAUUUUUUUUUCUUUUUCUAAUAUACGCAUUUGUCUCUUUUUGAUUCAGGUAAAGUUGGUAUCUUUUAGUUUUGGUGUAUUUGCGUCAUAGACUUCAGUAUCAAGUUUCUAAUUAUACUUUGCUGUCACUUGAACUUGAUGUCUAUUUUCAAGUUUGAGAUGAUCAACACUCUCGAUCAUAAACUAUUUGUCCAUGUAUAGCCAUGUUGUAGUCUAGCUUCACUCAUGUUUUAUACAAGCACAGACACGUUCAAACGAGAACCGACUGUCAACGAUUGUCACAGCUGAUGAUGAUAACUUUCUCAACAGUUGAGGAUAAACAACAUCAGGUACUAAACAAAACAAACAAAUUACAAGAUAUAUAAACAAACAUUGUUGUAGUUUGUUUGUGUGUUUUUUUUCACGACUGCAAUUUUUUUUUCUUUUUUUUCUUUUUGCUUUUAAGUUUCUGUACAAAUUCCAGUAGAAAAGAGGAAUUAUUAGUUACGAAAGAUGACCAACCACGAAUUAUGUUAAGUGGUAUUCGUCAUCAGUACAGAUACUCAAACUUCAACAUUAAAGAUAUAUAAAAUAAAGUGCAAUAUCCGCUGCAGAGAAAAAUGGCAGCAUAUUAAUAGUUUCGUAUCUUUUUCUAUGUAACAGAAAGUACACUCAUUAUAAGUUUCUUGCUAGUUUGGGACUUUAAUAAGUUACAAGCCUUGCACUUAAUGGAAUGUAAGGAGAUCUUGUUAGGUGUAUUAAGUGUUAUUUGUCUUUUGAAUUAAUUUUAG